GCUCGUGAUGCGAGGAAGUUCUAUGAUUUCGUCUAGGAGCGCCGCGCUCUCUCACUGCAUCAGGAACGCGCUUCUUUCCACGCGUCAUUAUCCAUCCGCGUGCAGUAGUAGACCACGGUAUCGACUCUUUUGAGAAAGUGGAACCGAAGAUAAGAGCGGUCAGUGCUCGAUCAUCGUAGGUUUCAACGGUCGCAUCGCCCGCGGCGUGCGCGACCACGCGACGCAUACACGAGAAACAACGGAGUACUCGCUCUCGUGCUCGAUUCAUAACAGUUCCGUGCCGCGGCCCGUCUUCGAGGUGUUCACGUGUACGUACGUUCAAGUGUUUCCCAAGACUGUUCGACGUGCCCGUUCGCUCUACGACCGAACGUCGUUGGGACCAGAUGCGUGCACGAUCGACCAGCUGAUCGCGGAUUCUGGCAGUGAGUUGCAUCGGCUCGAUGGACUUUAUAGAGACAGUUCGUCCGUGGAGUAUAGCGUACGUGAGCGGAACGCCGAGCACCGAGACGAGUCGACAGUUUCCGUGCGAGCAAACGGCUUUUGCAGCCGUCCGCACCUGCGGUAGCCGCGGGAAUUUUAUCGCGGUGGUUCCCGGCGCCGAUGCGUGUUGCGCGCGAGCUUAAACUUCGCGGGUACUGUGCGCGGGACAAGGACGGAGCGCACGUUGCGAGUGAGACGGAGACUAGAACCGAGGACUCUGGGAAAGUUUGAGAGACAGUCGAAUUCGAAGCGGCCGCGAGCGAAGUGUACGCGCUGUGGCAUUGUGUCAUCGUUCUACGUGCACCCAACCUCACCGACGAACAAGGACAGUGUACCCGCGUAGAACCAGUGAAAGAUCGUCGAUAUCAGCUUUUGUUUCGCGAGAUUUUGGGGUUGAAAAACUGACGACAACGGCCGGAGAGACAAAUACCAGAGAAGAAAAAAUAGGCGGUCGUCGCUGCGGCACCAGAGGAGGAAAAUCGCGUCUGGACUGAAUAUGUCCGCCAAGCGAAAGGCCACUGCCAUCAUGCAGCAUCACAAGGAAAACAUUUCGACCCCAGAGCCAGCCGACAUUUCCGAGGACGAUCAUUAUUCGAGCGCGCUCAUGAAAGACGCGGAUAAGCUGAAGAUGAUGCUGCUCGCAUGGAAUUAUAAUCUUCAACAGCAGGUUCAGGCCCAGGCCCAGGCACAGGCCCAGGCCGCCAACGCGGCCCUCUCGCCCAAUAACUCCUCGACAACCACGGCCACCACCGUUGGCACACCUGUCACCAGCCAAUCAGCCAUUUCCACGGCAAACAACACCAUUAACAACUCCACACUUACAGACUCGCGAAACGGUUCGUCGGAUCUGGUGGACAUGCCAGCCGGUACGAUUCCAAAUUUGGGCGCGGUGGUCGGAGUCGGCGGCGAGGACAUGGCGUCCUUGUGGGCGUCGUACGCGAUGGGACUGAAGAAGACGCCGCCGCCGACGUUCGCCGCGACGCCCUCGCGCGAUCGCGAGUCCAGCCCGCCCGGCGAGGGGACUGGCAGCGCUCACGACGAGACCAGCAGCAGCGGCAACAAGGAGGACGAGGACGACGAUGACGAAGACGCCGACGAGAGGCUCGACGACAGGCUGGACCCCAGAUAUCACGACCCGGAACGCCAAAAAGCUUUCAACAUGUUCGUCAGGCUGUUCGUCGACGAGAACCUGGACCGCAUCGUGCCCAUCUCGAAGCAACCCAAGGAGAAGAUACAGGCGAUAAUCGACAGUUGCACCAGGCAGUUCCCAGAGUUCGCAGAGAGAGCUAGGAAGAGGAUCAGAACGUACCUGAAGAGCUGUCGAAGGAACAAGCGUGGCAGGGAGGGCGCACCCUGGGAUGCCGCGAGGCCCACUCCGGCACACUUGACCUCCGUGCAAGCCGAACAGAUUUUGGCAACGGCCUGCGAAAAUGAAAGCGACAACGCGAAACGCAUGAAACUCGGUAAGGAGCCUAUCUCGCAGCCCAUGCCAACUCUUCCGGCCGCCACGCAAACGGAUGUCCGGUCAAGUUUGGAGCAUUUCUCGAGUACGCCGGUGAAAUCACUUCCGGGUAAGAGGGAGGACACACCGCCGGCAUCGCUAACGUCUUUGGCGCCGUUAACCAGUUUGGCGAACUUGCCGAGCAGCACCCUCUCUUCUACGCCCUUGUCCCUCACGCCAGCGUCGAAGCUGCUCACGCCGGCCGACAGCAAGGGUCUCAUGAGCCAAGCGACGAUAGUCAGCUCGUCGACGGUAAACGGCGUCGCCAGCGGCGGUGCACCGACGGCGAUGUACAGACCGAACUUCAGCCAGGCGUUCCAGCGUGCCGGACCCACUACGGUCCCACCGACACUCUCCGCGGGACUCUAUCCGACUCAGAGCUUCACUUCCGGACUACUGAGCAACGGUACACAAAGGCCGACGGACCUGAGCAUGAAGAAUACGAAGCCGCUGUUGAGUCACAAGCUAAACGCGACGGAAAUGACGGCCGUCAAGCAACUGAUCACCGGAUAUCGAGAGUCCGCGGCAUUUUUACUGAGGUCGGCCGACGAGCUCGAGCAAUUGUUGCUUCAGCAACCAUAGAGUUACGUUUACUUAGCCGGUGGCCAGCUCGGCCUGUAAGUCUUUUCAAGUAGCAACCGAGGAGGAGCCGCACGAACGGGUGAAUCCUCGAAGAAGCCGGAGACUUGAACGCCGGCACGCAAACGGAAUUAUUACCGGCCGUUAAUGAAGGGUCACCGUCGUCCUUAACCGGAAACGAGAUGGAUGCUUUAAACCCAACGAAACUUAACCCGACGGACGCGAAACGUUGAUCGAACUGCGAGCCUCUCGCUCAGACUGGCGGCUCUCCAAUUAAACAGAGGAUGAGGACCGGCUGGAUUUCGCCCGAGUUCUAGGCGUGGGGAUCACCGGAGGACGCCGAGGGGUCCUUCGGGCUAGGUUUAAGGGAAUUAUUCAAACAGGGUGUACAUAGAGAGGAUUUACAGAUAUUUACUUAACUAUCGAUAAGCUUAAGCUUAAGAGAUUACGAGACAGUGCGUGCUGCGUGCGUGCGAGGGUGCCUGCGAGAUCCGACGUGAUUGAUCGUUGCUCGAACGCAUAAAAACUGUGAGACGUCGCGGUUUCUUAAAGCGCUCCGAUGAACAAUCCAGAGAUCUGUUGAAGCAGUAUUUAAAAGAAGCAGUACAGUUAACGAACGACAGUAUAAUAAACGAGAUUCACCGACAGAUCGACAGAUCUUCAUCGUCUGUGACAACGGAGUCAGAAACCACGUCGAAACAGUUUUUAUACCGUUCAGGCGAGUUUUACUAGCCACAUGACCGUUUUUCUCGAUCAGAGCACGCUCCAACUAUGCGUACGGAACGUCACAGCCGUUUUCCCGACCGGCACGGGUCGCUGUUGUUAUGUACAUACGGCUGAUCGUGAAAGUAUCCCGAAAGGGGAUCCGAGUCUCGGCACUUGGUGCGAGUCGGUCGAAAGUUUCAGUCACCGUUGUACAUAGAGGGAUCGUGUAUAUACGUAGCUCGAAGGACAAGAUGGAGUUUUCCUCGGAAACGAUCAGUCGAUCGAUAAUAGUCGUACGUACGAAUCGUGCACUGGUUGAGAGUAUAGUACUUGAAUUGUGCAGAUUUGCUCGGGGAUUCAGCGAAUGCCGACUUCGAGACUUGGUUUCUCAACUUUCCAAUCAUUUCACGUCUGUCAAAGAUUCAGGAACGAUGAAUCAAUCAACGUUUCAAGUUGUUCCGAGUCCGCGGGAAAAUCUAUGACGAAAGAGGACAAGUUUUGCAAUCGUUAAUCUCUGUUGAGAGAUAAUCCUCGGCCAAGGCUGCAUGUUAUUAAUCGGGACCAUCUUGUCACGAUCGGACAAUACGUUGAAAUCGUAUUUGUGGUCUCCGGACGCAUCACUGUGUGUUACCAAAGAACACUGAUUUAUUA